CGAUUCCGUAGGAAUAAAUGAGGAAGAAUGGCGAACGCGUGGAUUAGAACGGUAAUUAAAGGGAAAAAACGAUACUCGUCAGCAGCCAAACAAUAAACUCCUUUAAUGCAUAGGCUAGAAGCCAUUCGAUCCGAAUUCCAGAACCUGCUUCUCAAUCGACCAGAUCAACCGUCGUCGUCACCGAAUACUACCAGUACUACACCUUCACCAACACCAUCGCAAGAAUCUGCUAACAGAUCAUCGAUCCUUGAACUCGAAUCUGUCGCACAACUAAUUGACAAGUUUCGGAACGAUUGGCAUGAUAUUCAUGAAAGAAACCAUGCAAAUUUCAGCAAAUUUGAAGUAGCGGAUCGAUUGUUGAUCGUCUUACUUGAACGGUGUCAACAACAUGCCAAUGUCUGCAAAAGAAUGGAUGAUAUACCCAACGAUCUUUCAACAAUACAAAGUGAACUCCAUUCCCUUACCGAUAUUGCAGGUGAAUUGAAAAGUAAGUUAGCGACCUUGGAAGAUAGGAUAGAGGAAGCUACGGCCGAACAUACCCGUGGCGAAUUCGAAGCAUGGAAACGACAGGAACAGGUUCGAGUAAAAGAAGAACUGGCAGAAAAGAGCACUAGCAAGGCGAGAAGCAGAGCUCAAAGAAGCAUAUGAACAGCAUAAUAAUACACAAACGCAAAAACGCGUUGAGUUAUAUGAAGCUACCUUUAAUGCA